AUGUCAAGUUUAAAACUGAAAGAAGCAGCACUUAUCUAUCUAGACAGAAGUGGAGGCCUCCAAAAAUUCAUUGAAGAUUGCAAACAUUACAAUGAUUCAAAACAAAGUUAUGCUGUCUACCGAUUCAAUAUUUUAAUAAAUCCCUCUGAUGUUGUUCAAUUAGAUGCUGAACUUGGAAAUCACAUUUUACAUCAACCCUUGAAAGCUGCUCAUGUUUUUCAGUCAGUCUGUUUUAUUGCGGUUAAGACCCUCUCAUUAAUUGGACAAUUACAAACUGAAACUCAAAUUAAUAUAGUGCUGAAAUUAACACAUUUACCUCCUCUGCCAAGUUAUGUGCUUGAUCUUUGUAAGUUUCCACUUGACUAUACAUCCCAGAGAUUUUAUAUGAUGCAAGGAAUUGUAAUUGCAAUGACAACUGUAACCAAGUAUACACAAGGUGCAAGAUUCCUUUGUUCAGAUGAAGCGUGCCCACUUUCACAAGGGUUCCAAUAUAUAAGAGUGCAUGUGCCUGGUGCUACAGAAUCUGCAACAGUAAGAAAUGACUUCUUGUGUAAGCUGUGUGCUUCUUCACUUCAAGAAGACAGAAAAUUUAGAGUACUUGGUGAUAAACAGAUUGUUGAAGUAAUUUCCACAAAGGCACUCCGGGCUUUUCAACGAGUUUCUAACAACCAGCCAUUCAGGUUUCAAUCUCUUAUAAUAUUCCUGAGAGAUGAAUCUGUGAAUAAAAUGAAUGUAGGAAAUGAGUAUAAAAUUAUUGGAAUUCCAACCUGUGUCCAAACCUCACAAAGUGCUGUGUGUGUAGAGGCAAGUAGCAUCACUUUUUGUAAUCCUAAAGUUCCUUCAGGAAUUAGUGACAACUUCAGGUGUCUUCUCUCCUUAACGUCCAGCUCAUGCUGGAAGUUUACAGCAAUACUUGCCAACAUCUUUGCAUCACAAAUUGUUCCUCCUGGGACUUAUAAUUUGCUCAAGCUCUGUUUGUUAAUGAGUCUUGUACAGACAAGUGACCGUAACAAGGAACUGGAAGAUUGCCUAGAUGUUUUAAUUAUAACAAAUGAUACUCUACUUGUAGACAGGCUUUUGAAAUUCAGUAUAAACCUUGUACCCCGUGGUAUACAUCAUCCAGUUUCUUCUGAAAUUUUUCCUACUCUAUCCAGGAAUAAGUAUGGAACUGGAGGAGUUAGCAUUCAAGCGGGUAGUGCUUUGUUAGCUAAAGGUGCUAUCUGCUAUAUAGGAGACUUAUCUUUACACAAAAAAGAUAAACUUGAACAACUUCAAUCAGUUCUAGAGAGCAGAAGCAUUACAGUUUACAUCCCAGGAAAGAAGUUUGGGGAUGAUGUUGAUCAACAAGUAACGUUUCCAGUUCAGUGCAGCUUUUGGUCAUUUGUUGACAUGGAUUCAUCCCCAAGGAGAAAUGCACAGAAAACCAACACUCUCAUUGGUCAAAUGGACUGCAGUUUGAUCCCAGCUAAUCUUGUGGAAGUAUUUGGAUUACUGAUUAACUGCAAUGAAUCAUCUCCUUGCAACCCGCUUCUCUCUAUUGUACAACAUACCCUUAAAAAAGCCAUUGAUCCUGAAGGGCUGCUUUAUGUAGCAUCGAAACAAUUCCCAACUGAAGAUUUCGAAAAGCUACUGGCUUUUGCAAAGACUUUGAAUGUAGAAUUCAGCUUGGAGGCAGAGAGAAUGAUUCAUGGCUAUUAUCUAGCAAGCCGCAGAAUCCGAACAGAUUCUAUAUGUGGAUCAAAACUGUCAACAUCUGCAUUAAAAUACUUAGUUUCCCUCUCUGAAGCACAUGCUCGACUAAACUUAAGGAAUAAAGUGCUUAAAGAAGAUGUGUUAAUUGCAGUCUUACUAUUUGAAACAUCUCUUACAUUGAAAUAUGGGGCUACCAUAUUUUGUGUUGCUCCCAAUGCAGUAUUUCCAUUCGAUAUGUACAAUGAGGAAUACUUGGAAAAAAGGGACAUGUAUCUGAUUCAGUGUCAACAACAGCUCCAACAGUUCAUUGCCACUUAUGGACCCGGGACGACUGUUUUCUCUAGUGACGAAUAA